AGUCCACGUAGAAGCCUAAGCCCAGCUCACAUGACUCUAGGGUUACAGCAUAAGAUCUCAUCUCAUGUAUAAUAAAUCUGACACAGUUACUUCUUCUUCUUUUGAAAACCCUAGCGGCAGGCAAGGAUGGCAGAUGUUGAGGGAGAUGUUGCAGCAGGAGUGCCGAAGAAGAGAACAUUCAAGAAGUUCAGCUUCAGGGGCGUCGAUUUGGACGCUCUUCUCGACAUGUCCACUGAUGAACUCGUCAAGCUCUUCAGUGCCCGUGCUCGCAGAAGGUUCCAGAGGGGUCUCACCCGAAAGCCCAUGGCCUUGAUUAAGAAGCUCCGCAAGAAAAGGGAAGCACCACAAGGUGAGAAGCCAGAGCCAGUCCGCACCCACCUCCGCAAUAUGAUUAUUGUACCAGAGAUGAUUGGGAGCAUUAUUGGAGUUUACAAUGGCAAGACUUUCAAUCAGGUUGAAAUCAAACCUGAGAUGAUUGGCCAUUACCUGGCUGAGUUCUCAAUUUCAUACAAGCCUGUCAAGCAUGGAAGACCUGGUAUUGGUGCUACUCACUCAUCCAGGUUCAUUCCUCUCAAGUGAGACUCUUCUCGGGAGGCUACAUUUGUUGUUUGCAGUGAGUCUGAAGAAAAAACCACAACGCCAAUCAGAUUUUGCUUGUUAUUUACGCAUUUAAUUGCUCUAUAGCCUAUCAAUGUUUUGACACUUUGUUUAUCAUGACUUAAUUCCAUAGUAUCAACAUUUUGCUUUGGAUUGUCUAAGUUUAUUGUUUUAUCUUGGUAACUUCACAUGUGUUCUUCUAAAUCUUAGAAGUUUUUGCACAUCAAUACCG